UGUUUAACUAAUGGUAAAUCGCUUUUGUGCUGUAUUUAUUGUUUGAGAUAUUUACUGUAGACUAUGCUGUAAAAUUAUUUUAAAAAGCAAUACUUGGUGUAACUUGAUAAAAUUAAAAAUAGUAAUUAUUCGGUGCUUAAAUUAGAAGGUAGGAAUUAAAUCACACAUCCAACCGAACUUGUAGGCUCAUCGCCAUCUUUGUAAAUGAGCACGAAUAUUUGAGGAUAAUAAUUCUACUAGCAUACUAGGUUUAGCUUUCGAAUUAUUUCUAUAAUAUGGAGCGGUUACGUUAUUCACCGCCAUGUAGAAAUAUGAGUAUUUCUCCAGAGCCUUGUAAGAAUAAUUCACGUUCCAAGUCAAAAUCCCCCCACCAUCACAGAAGACACAAUGGAUAUAAUAAUCACAGUAAAAAAUUCCAUCAUAUUGCCAGAAAUGAUUCUGAUUACGACAGUGAUCGGGACUAUAAUAGGAGAGAGCCUUUGUGGGACUUUGAUAGAAGAAGCAGGUCGAGGAGCCCCGAUUAUAGAGAAAGAGACAGGGAGAGAAGACAUCACAGGGGACGCGAUCGCGAUAGAGAUCAUCACAGGUUUAGAAGAAGAUCAAGAAGUAAUGACUCAAGAUGGGAGAGGGAUGAUAGAAAAGGUCGUGACAAAGACAGAUAUCGUGGUGAAGAUGAUAGGGACAGUGAUAGUGAGAGAGUCCAAAGCGGUGCUGUCAUUGGGGCCAGCGGAUCUGAAAUCAUCGGAUACAAAAGCCAACCUCCUAAUAACACCAUUAUGAUUAGAGGACUUGCCCAACAUAUUACAGAAAAUGAUAUUCGCCAAGAUAUCAUACAGGGAGGUUUAAUGCCCAAGGACAUAAGAUUAAUCAGGAAAAAAGAUACAGGUGCGUCACACGGUUUCGCCUUUGUCGAGUUUGCAACGCUCAAUGAAGCAGUUCGUUGGAUGGAGAUGAAACAGGGCAUAUUGAUGUUGCAAGAUCAUUACCGCGCUAUCAUGCAGUACAGCAUUCCCAAAGACAGUAAUCCUACAGAGAAAGCUCCCCCCCAUAAGGCAUCUGCAGACUGGUUUUGUAUUAAGUGUGGAGCUCAGAAUUUUAAAAGAAGAGACAACUGUUUCAAAUGCCACGCGUCUAGAACCGAGUCCGAAGAAGGCGGCAGCGGUAGCGACGAGACUUGUAAUUACACAACUAAAACAAUUCUGCUUAGAAACUUAGACGCCUUAACUACAGAAGAUUCUGUAAUGUCUGUUUUAAACAGUGUCAUUCCAGAACUGGUAAAAUCAAUUUCUGCAGUAUGUAUUGGCAGGGAUCCUUUAACUUCUACGUCAAGAGGUAUUUGCUAUUUAGGAACCGAAAGUACCAUUGACGCUCUGGCUAUUUAUGGAGCUCUUAAUGGCCCUAAAUCUCCUCUGAUUAUCGACGGCAAAACUGUUAUUCUGUCGUAUUGUAAAUACAACAUGGGUGAUACAAGGAAAGCUUAUUCUCAAGCUGACCAUAUGGCUUUCCCGAACGCGUCCAUUCCCCAAACCUAUGAUAUGGCAGACGUGGAAAGUUUAGCGGAGUACGCUUCACGGCGUUACGCUAAAUCUCCAGAUGAAUACUUACAUUAUAUAGAAUACUAUAGGUUAUACUUUACUCAACAAAUAAGCGCGGGGAAUUCCACUCUGCACAACGAGAAUCAAAUGGACGCUGCCAACGCCGCGGCUGCCGUUGCCCAAUCGGCCAUACAGCAAAUGAACGCCAGCAAAACGUACUUUGAUAACACCCAUGUGCAAAUACCAACUGGCACAGAUGGAAAAAGAUACCCGGUACCAGAUAUUUCAACUUACGUUUACGACAAAUCAACUGGGUACCAAUAUGAUCCGGCUACGGGCCUCUAUUACGACCCUAACUCAACUUAUUACUGGAAUAGCGUCAUCCAGAAAUAUCUAUUUUGGGAUCACGACAAGUGCACUUACUCUUUGGCCCCGUCUUACGACAGUGUAAAUAACUCCCCACAACCGUCUUCUAAUGUCAGCGUCAACGCAGCGCAAGACGACCAGAAGAAAAACGUCAAACCCGAGAAACAGGACAAGGUCAAGGUAGCGAAGAAAAUAGCCAAGGACAUGGAGCGGUGGGCGAAAACCCUCAAUCAGAAAAAAGACAAUUCCUCCAUGAAGAGUGCGUCUGAAAAUGCCAUGUUCCUGAGCAGCGCUAGCGCCGAUAUUGGCUUUUCAGUGCUGGAAAAGAAGUCCGCCGUUAUACCUACGAGUGCCCCCAUGUUCAAAAACGAAAUCCCCGAAACCGUGGAUGCUCCGAAGCCCCCUUUAGUAGCGGCCUACGGCGAGAGCGGCGAGUCUUCAGGUGAAGACGACGAAGAAUCUCUGCUGGAUUUUAACAAACUUAUCUGCAACCUAUGCAAACGGCAGUUAGGAUCGGCCGAGGCCCUAACGAAACACGCCAAAAUGUCCACACUGCACAAGCAAAACCUCGAGGCGAGAAGGAAAAAAAAGGCAGACGCUUCUGGGAAAACUGUCUAUAGGGACAGGGCGAAGGAGAGGCGCAUGAAAUAUGGCGACCCUGACGAGCCCCAGCCCAGUAAACUGAAGGAAAAGUAUCUGAAAGCUUUAAAUACCGAAGUUCCUGCGACACCGACGUCUGUGAUGGAGCCAAUAGGCUCGGAGAAUGUAGGGAAUAGACUGUUGCAGAAAAUGGGAUGGACUGAGGGACAGGGUUUGGGAAAGUCCAACCAGGGAAGAACAACAAUCAUACAGGCUGAACAGUACGGGAGUUCGGUAGGUCUAGGUAACAAACUGGCAGGCUAUACUGCUGUGGCUGGCGAAUCCUAUAAAGACUGUGUAAAGAAAAUGAUGUACGCGAGGUAUCAAGAGUUAACCGAACGAGAGAACAACAGAUAAAUAUUUUGCCAAAAUCUUUUACUUUUGUUUUUGUCGGUCAGUGCUGUUUCAUAAUUUUGUUUAUUUUUUCUUUAUUUUAAUAUGUCCGACUAUUUUUUUUAUCUUUGAUAUUCGCCUAUUAUACAUGUAUAAACAUCAAGGAAGCUGUUUUUGAAUAUUGCCUCUUUUUUUGUGUAUAAAAAGUAUACAUUUUGUACAUUACGCUCAAUUUAAAUGUUAUAGAUACUUAGAAUUAUUUUUUACUUCAAACCGAGUAUUAUUCUGGAUGUACACACUCCCCGAGGCGACCCGAGGCGCGACAAAAAAUGAACGGUUUG